AUGCGUACUUCCACACUUGCUGCCCUUGCCUUGGGCGCCGCGGCUGCUUCAGCCGCCUCGGUCAAGCGUGCCUCUGGUUUGACCGCAGUUACUGUCAAAGGAAACGCCUUCUUUGUCGGAAAUGACCGAUUCUAUAUCCGCGGUGUCGACUACCAACCUGGCGGUUCUUCAGAGGUUGCCGACCCAAUCGCCGACGAAGCUGGCUGCAAGCGAGAUAUUGUCGAAUUCAAAAAGUUGGGCAUCAAUACCGUUCGUGUGUACCACGUGGACAACACCGCGGAUCACGAUGCUUGCAUGAGUGCUCUGGCAGAUGCAGGUAUCUACCUCGUCCUGGACGUCAACCUUCCCAAGUACUCGUUGAACCGAGCCGACCCGAACCCGUCUUACAACGAUGUCUACCUUCAGAACGUCUUUGCCACGAUUGAUGCAUUUGCAAACUACACCAACACCCUGGCGUUCUUUUCCGGCAACGAAGUGAUCAACGACCCGGAAACUUCGGCUGCUGCUCCUUAUGUCAAGGCUGUCACUCGAGACAUGCGCCAAUACAUCCGUAAACGCGGUUACAGAGAGAUCCCAGUGGGCUACUCCGCUGCCGACGUCAGUGAGAACCGUUUGGAAAUGGCCCAUUACAUGAACUGCGGAUCUGAUGACGAACGAUCCGACUUCUUUGCCUUCAACGACUACUCGUGGUGCGAUCCCUCCUCUUUCGUCCAGUCUGGUUGGAAUGAGAAGGUCAAGAACUUUACUGGUUAUGGUCUUCCCAUCUUCCUGUCCGAGUACGGCUGCAACCACGCCACCCGCGAUUUCGAGGAGGUCGGCUCUUUGUACAGCACAGACAUGAGCUCUGUCUACUCCGGUGGCUUGGUCUACGAGUACGUUGAGGAAGACAGCAAGUACGGUCUUGUGGAGAUCAGCGGUGAUUCAGUUACUGAGUUGGACGACUUUGCAACUCUGCAGAAGAUGUUUUCCAAGACCUCCAACCCUCAAGGUGAUGGUGGCUACAACGCGACCGCUGGUUCAUCUGCUUGCCCGGCUUACUCGAGCCCGAACUGGCUGGUCAAGGAUGACUCCCUUCCUGCCAUCCCUGACGGUGCUAAGAAAUACAUGACUCAAGGUGCGGGCAAAGGUGCCGGUCUUGAUGGCUCUGGUUCUCAGAAUGCCGGCGGUGCCUCUACCGGGACUGCCACUGCAGGCAGUGGGUCCGCCAGCGAGACGGGCAAGUCGAGCUCUACCAAAAACGCUGCGGUCGGUGUUCAGGUGCCAGAAUGGUCCUUUGCUCCUUUGGUGUGCGGUGCUGUGGUUAUCAUGUCAACAUUGUUUGGUGCCACUCUGUUGUAA